UUUUUGUUUAACACACAUAUAUGAGUUAUAUCAACCUUUCCAUUUUGAAAUACUUGAUAAAUAAAUAAAUAAAUAGAAGAGUCUCAGAAAGUUAUUCUACAUGCUUUCUGGAACCACGAUGAUGGUCUCGCUGAGACCCUUUAAUGGGGUCUCUCCGUAUCCAUCAAAACAUCCAUUGGUUCAUAGAAACAGGCAGACAGCUCUAAGGGGUACCAUUUACAUGAGUGCUCAAACACAAGCAGUUCCUUCCAGAACCCAGAGGAUAAUGGAGAGCAUUUCAGUUAGUGGCGAGGUUGGUGGUGCUGGUGGUGCAUACUCCUAUAAUGCCUUGAAGAGGUUGGACGGAAUUUGGUCAAGCAUUUGCUCUACUCAGACUGUUCAGCAAGCACCUCAGCAGGUAGUUUCAAGCUUUCCUGGUGUGUCUAGCCGUUCUGUUCUUGCUGAAAAACAAGUAGAUAAAUGUGAUGUGGUUGUUUGCGGGGGUACGUUGGGAAUCUUCAUUGCUACUGCCUUGAUCGCCAAAGGUCUUAAAGUCUGUAUUGUGGAAAGAAAUAUAUUAAAAGGGAGGGAACAAGAAUGGAAUAUCUCGAGGAAAGAGUUGAUGGAACUUGUAGAAGCUGGCAUUUUGGAUGAAGAUGACAUUGAAGAAGUUACUGCCGUGUCAUUCAAUCCUAACAGAUGUGGAUUUGAGAAUAAGGGUGAGAUCUGGGUAGAAGACAUUCUUAACCUGGGUGUCUCGCCUGUAAAGCUUAUAGAAAUUGUGAAGAAACGUUUUGUUUCCUUUGGUGGAGUUAUCUUUGAGGGUUGCAGUGUGUCCAGCAUAAGCAUUUAUAACGACGCAGCUAUCUUGCAACUUGCUGAAGGAAACAUUCUUUCAUCUCGUCUCAUCAUUGACGCCAUGGGAAAUUUUUCUCCUGUCGUGAAACAGAUUAGAGGUGGGAGGAAGCCAGACGGCGUUUGUCUUGUCGUUGGGUCCUGUGCUCGUGGAUUUAAGGAGAACUCUACAAGCGAUGUCAUAUAUAGUAGCUCAUCAGUGAAGAAAGUUGGCAAUGCAGAAGUGCAAUACUUUUGGGAGGCAUUUCCAGCUGGGUCUGGUCCGUUAGACCGCACUACUUAUAUGUUUACAUAUGUCAAUCCUCAACCGACAUCCCCAAAACUGGAAGAACUAUUGGAAGACUAUUGGGAUUUGAUGCCGAAAUAUCAGGGAGUUUCUAUGGAUAGUCUGGAGAUACUGAGAGUUAUAUAUGGCAUUUUCCCAACUUAUCGUGAUAGUCCAUUGCCAGCAGCAUUUAAUCGUGUUUUACAGUUUGGUGAUGCUAGUGGCAUACAAUCACCUGUCUCUUUUGGUGGUUUCGGGAGCUUGACUAGGCACCUCGGAAGAUUAUCAAAUGGGAUUUACGAAGCAAUUGAUGGGGAUUUUCUCGAUUCAUACAGUCUGUCCCUGCUGAAUCCUUACAUGCCUAACUUGAGUGCUUCAUGGUUAUUUCAAAGAGCAAUGUCUGCAAAGAAACAGUCUAAUGUUCCACUGGAUUUUAUUAACGAGCUUCUGGACAUAAACUUCAAGAGCAUGCAGAGGCUCGGAGACCCCGUGCUAAGACCGUUUCUUCAGGAUGUCAUACAGUUUGGACCUCUUGCCAAGACAUUAGGCCUCGUGAUGCUAACUAAGCCUCAAAUUCUUCCAUCGAUAUUCAAGCAGGUUGACAUCCCUGUUCUCAUCGAUUGGUCUCGACAUUUUUUCAUGCUCGGAUUUUAUACGUUUCUGUCGACCUACAUGGAUCCUGUUAUAAGGUCAUGGUUAAAUGGUUUGCCAUCUAAGGUGAGGUAUGAAUGGAAGAGGCACCUUGAGGCUUGGAAAUAUGGAUCUGGUUUAGACUACAGGCUAUGAAUUUCGAGUUGAAUUGAUGCUCUUUUUCAGCUUUCAAACUUAACUCGAAAGAUCACCCAACCAGCAAUUGAAAUUCAUUGAAAAUUUUGUCCUUGCAACUAUAUAGCUGAUCUAUUUCAUCUUGAAAUAUCAACCACAAAAUGAAAAACUCAUUGAAAAUUCUGCAUGCUUGCACAGAUUCUUGACAUCUUAUUUUAUUUUGUGCAUGGAAAUGCUGUACAAAAUUUUUAAAUGGAUUUAAUAAAUUCAGAAUUAGACCUUUUUAAUUAAUAAUAA